AUGGCAAUGAAGACGAUUACCGAGAAACUCCAGAGAAGAGAUCGGGUGUCUAGAAGGCAAAGCAUCCCCUGUCGAUUGGACAAGCCCUCGAUGAGACUCUAUGGUGAUCAGCAAAUGGUGAAGGGUAUGAAAGAACAUUAUAAACAGAAAGAAGAAGGAUUGACUCAGAUCAAACUUCAGGUGGAAAUAGUUUGGUCAACCAUUCAGAAAAGAUUUCACCACCUGUCUACAAGAGAGAAGGAGAAUUUUGCCGCUGUCUUCAUGACUCCGGAGGAGAAAAACCAGAUAUUGUACCUAAGUCGACAACUGACCCAACUCUCUGACAAUCUCAGACGACUGGUGUCAGACGAGAACCAAGAACAGAGACAUAUGGAAUACAUCAAGGCAUACUGUCGGCAAUAUUCAAAGAAAGACAACUCGGAUUUCAUGAGGGAAAUUGAAGAGUUACAAGAAAUGCAUACUGCAAACUGCUUACAGACAGAAGAAAUUGAAAACCAUAUUAAUAGAGGUAUAAGACAUCUUUCCAAGAUCAAGAGAACUCUCAAUGGUGAGGUGAAUGACAAAGAAUCAAGAGGUCAAGGUCAGGUCAGAAAUAAUAAGGUCACUUGUACCCAAAGGGGGACAUCUCAUAAGUCAGCUCUCCAGCAAAGGAACUAGUAUGAAAUAAUUGAUCUAAAGAGGAUAAGUACAGUUGAGCAUUGAUAUCUCAUACAGUGGUAUCUCAAAUAUCAAGGAUAUUUCAAAGUGAUCAGGAAAUCCCAUCUGCUUAUUAUUUAUGAAUUUGCAUUCGAUAUCUCACAUAGUCAGAU